GACCUCUGGCCCAAGAUGGCGGCUCCCGGAGCGUCGCUCCUGCUGUUGUCCUGAGGUGAACGAAGGCCGGGAGCCCCGCAUCAUGUCGAAGUUCAGCCGGACCACUCGGGCCCUCAGGAAGCCCGAGGUCGGCGGCGUGAUCCGGACCAUCGUGCGGGCAGGCCAGGCCAUGUCCGGGCCCCCACUAGGCCCCCUGCUGGGUCAGCGAGGCGUUUCCAUCAACCAGUUCUGCAAGGAGUUCAACGAGAGGACGAAGGACAUCAAAGAAGGCAUCCCUCUGCCGACCAAGAUUUUCGUGAAGCCUGACAGGACGUUUGAAAUCAAGAUCGGACAACCCACUGUUUCCUACUUCCUCAAGGCAGCUGCUGGGAUCGAGAAGGGGGCCCGGCAGACAGGGAAGGAGGUGGCCGGCCUGGUGACCUUGAAGCACGUGUAUGAGAUCGCCUGCGUCAAAGCUCAGGAUGAAGCCUUCACUCUGCAGGAUGUACCCCUGUCCUCUGUUGUCCGCUCCAUCAUAGGCUCUGCCCGUUCCCUGGGCAUUCGUGUGGUGAAGGACCUCAGUUCAGAAGAGCUGGCAGCUUUCCAGAGGGAGAGAGCCGAGUUCUUGGCUGCUCAGAAAGAGGCAGAUUUGGCAGCCCAGGCAGAAGCUGCUAAGAAGUGACCCCUGCCCCCCACACUCUUAAGAUUUCAGAUUUUGAAGGAAGAAUCUGGGAAAGGGACCAGUUGGAGAUACUGUGCCAAAGGGGAGGAAGGGAGGUUAUAUCAACCUGAUUAAUAUUUUCCUGACUUUAAAUUAUAUAUUUUUACACAUAUGGCUGUACCAAGGGAUCAAGCCUGAAUAAACAUCUUUUGUCACCUA